AUGCCGCCACCACGGCCCAGCUGGCCUGGGCUCCUCUCCCUCCUCGCCGUCAACCUCGCGCCAUUCGCCCGCGCCUUCUACCUCCCCGGGGCUUCGCCGCACUCCUACCAGGACGGCGAGCAGGUCGCUCUCCUCGUCAACGCCGUCGGGCCCAGAUAUGGCGAGGGCGAGACCUCGAUCGUGCCGUACGACGCGUUCGACGAGCGGAUAGGCUUCUGCCGUCCAGCCUCGCCGCGCUCCGUCCCACUCUCGCUCGGCUCGGCCCUCAUGGGCGACCGCCUGUACUCGACCGACGGCCUGUUUGACCUGCGCGUCAAGCACAACUCGACGUGCCAGGUCAUGUGCACCUCGACCCUCGGCACCAAGCAGCUCGAGUUCCUCCCGACCUUGAUCGGCUCGCACGCGCACCACUGGCUCGUCGACGGCCUCCCCGCCGCCGAGAUGCGCCGCACGGGCGACGGCGACGUGUUCCUCUCGCCGGGCUUCCCCGUCGGCAACGCCGCCCCGCCACCGCCGUCGCUCGAGCUGCACAACCACUUCAACCUCGUCAUCGAGUACCACCCGCGCGCGCGCGAGGGCGACAACCGCAUCGUCGGCGUCGUCGUGUGGCCCCAGAGCGUCGACUCGCUCCGGGCGGGCUCGGGCGGCAAGCCCGACUGCGGCGUCAAGAAGCCGCUCGUGCUGCUGCGAGGCGACGGCGAGCAGGAGGUCGCGUUCACGUACUCGGUCACGUGGCGGGAAUCGGCUACGCCCUGGGCGACUCGGUGGGACGCCUACCUGCACAUCCUCUCGCCGAGGAUCCACGUCCUCGCCCUGUUCAACUCGUUCGUCAUCUGCGGCUUCUUGUGCCUCAUGGUCGGCAUCAUCCUCCUCAAGGUCCUCUCGCGCGACAUCACGCGCUACAACGCGCUCUCGUCGUCGUACAACCUCGACCACCACAACCACCCCGACGCACACCACCACCACCCGGACCUGCGCGACGACGCGACCGAGGACGAGAGCGGGUGGAAGCUCCUCCACGGCGAGGUGUUUCGCGCGCCAAGGUACCGCAUGUGGCUGUGCAUCACGGUCGGGACGGGCGCCCAGAUGGCGGCCAUGUGUGGCGUCACACUCGUGUUUGCCCUCUUGGGCUUCCUCAACCCGAGCAACCGCGGCGCGCUGUCGACGACCAUGGUCGUGUGCUGGACCUUGUUCGGGUCCAUCGCCGGCUACGUCGCGUCGCGCCUGUACCUCACCUUUUCGGGCGAUGCGAUCCGCAAAAACAUCCUCUACACGGCCCUCGUGUUCCCCGCCGCCCUGUACGCCUUCCUCCUCUUCCUCGACGCCUUCUUGAUCGGCCUCGGGUCGGCGGGCGCGGUCCCUGUCGGCACGUUCCUCGCGAUUGGCGCCCUGUGGUUCGGCAUCAACGUGCCGCUGACGGUGCUCGGCGGGUGGGUCGGCGUGCGCAAAGGGCCCCUCGCGGUGCCGCUGCGCGUCAACCAGAUCCCGCGCCAGAUCCCGCCGCUGCCGUGGUGGCUCAGGCCCGUCCCGUCGGCGCUCCUCGCCGGCGUCUUGCCCUUUGGCGCCGGCUUUAUCGAGAUCUCGCAGAUCGCUCGCGCCAUCUUCGGGGCAAAGGCCUACUACGCGUUCGGGUUCCUGUGCCUCGCGAGCGCGCUCGUCGGCUUGACGGCCGCCCUCACGACGGUCCUGUUUGCCUACUUUCACCUGUGCGCCGAGGACUAUCGGUGGCACUGGCGCUCGUUCCUCGCCGGCGCCGGCUCGUCCGUCUACAUCUUCCUGUACGGCCUCCUCUACUGGGCGUCAAAGCUCCACCUCCCCGGGUUCGCAAACAAGGUCCUCUACCUCGGGUACCUCGCCCUCGUCAGCGCCCUGAGCGGCAUCGUGACGGGCACCAUCGGGUUCGUCGCGACUUUUGCGUUCCUCCGCGUCAUUUAUACGAGGAUCCGGGUCGACUGAAAGGUGUCGAGGGGCGACGAGUGUGCAACGAUGCUUGGGUCGUCGCACAA